AAUUUCGGAUCAUUCUUUGAUCCUCCGCAGACCUCAGAAUCGCUUCACGACAAAUAGUGUACAUAUCACAGUACUUUUACGGAAGUAGGAACCUUCCUAUCAACGGCGAAAGUAAUUAAUCCCUCGAGCGUGUCCAGAAGUCCAGCGAAAAGUCCAAAUUCCGUCAAAAACAGACUGCACGAUCUUCCCAAAAUCUUGCCUGGCACGUUUUCCAGGCGGCCACCACAUUACAUCCAGUGACCGGCUGAUUCGAUAUUGGACCAGGGGGAACCAAUCCGCCAGUAAACGAACGGCACGAUGGCUUCCGCCACGACAACUCCUGGUCAGUUGAUCACAAAGAUCCCUUACGGUUCCGACAAUUUUCUGCAAACGUACGAUGUUUACGUUGAUGACCGUCCAUCACACCCGACUGAGGAGUACUGGAUCGUCUACAUCCACGGCGGCUUCUUUCGUGACGCAUUGGUCGACUCGACAUCGUUUCAUCCCGCGGUGUCGCUGCUCACUGCCGCCGAGAAGACUUCCGUUCGCGGGUAUGCCUCGAUCAACUACCGUCUCUCGCCGUCAACAAAAAAGCCUCAGGAUCGCUCGGAAACGCCGUCGUUUGAGCUGCGCGGUGCGGUAUGGCCGGAACAUUUUGACGAUGUGUGCGCGGGCAUCCGUCACCUGCAAUCAACAUACUCAUUUGGGUCCAAUUACGUGCUCGCAGGCCACAGCGUCGGCGCAACGCUGGCACUGCUUGCGGCGGUCGACACUGACCACGGCAUCGUGCCGCCCAAAGCUGUCUUGGGCCUGAGUGGCAUUUACGACUUCCCACUGCUGCACAAAUCUCACCCAGAGUAUGAGGCGCUCACAUUCAACGCCAUGCCUAGGGGAGACGAAGUCGCCGCCAGCCCAGUCGCUUACGAGGCGCAGGCAUACAAGGCUGCGGGCGUGUGUCGCGUGCUGCUUGCCCACUCACACGAUGAUGGCCUCGUCCCAUGGAACCAGGUCGAUGCGAUGACGGAGAAGCUGGCGCCGGCUGGCGAAGGAUACGUGCGAGUCCUCGAGCUGUUCGGGAAGCACAAUGACAUCUGGGCGGAUGGGAAGGAGGUCUCGCGGGCUGUCCUUGCCACGUUGGCGUUUUUAGACUAGUAGCUGUUUGAGAGUUGAUUCGUGUCGAGGAAAUCAUAAGUAGAGGACAUGACAUGCAAUUCAAAGACCACGUAAAUCUCUGCUACGGGACCAUG